CCGGGGGAGGAGGCCGGCGCGGGGCCCGGCGUCAGGUUCGGGGAUCCGGUGUGCCGGCCGAGCGAGCGCUGGAGCCGCGGCGGUCCGGUGCGCCCCGGCCUGCGCGCGCAGCUGCUCUGGGUUCCCCGGGCCGAGGCGCCGGCGGCUGCGGCAGGCCGGUGGGGUGGGCGGAGGGAGGCUCGGCGGGCGCGGGCGCCCUGUGCGCGGAGCAGGCGCGAGGCAGCCGGGGGCCGGGACGCCAUGUCCAUGGAGGACCCCUUCUUUGUGGUGAAAGGAGAGGUACAGAAAGCAGUCAACACUGCCCAGGGAUUAUUUCAGAGAUGGACAGAGCUCCUCCAAGAUCCCUCUACAGCAACGAGGGAAGAAAUCGACUGGACCACCAAUGAGCUGAGAAACAAUCUCCGGAGUAUAGAAUGGGAUUUGGAGGACCUUGAUGAGACCAUCAGCAUAGUUGAAGCAAACCCUAGAAAAUUCAACCUCGAUGCGACUGAAUUGAGUAUAAGAAAAACCUUCAUCACAAGUACUCGGCAGGUUGUCAGGGACAUGAAGGAUCAGAUGUCAGCUUCAUCUGUGCAGGCAUUAGCUGAACGAAAAAACAGACAGGCACUGCUAGGGGACAGCGGUGGCCAGAACUGGAGCACGGGGACAACAGACAAAUACGGGCGCCUCGAUCGUGAGCUCCAGCUAGCUAACUCCCAUUUCAUUGAGGAGCAGCAGGCACAGCAACAGUUGAUCGUGGAACAGCAGGAUGAGCAGUUGGAGCUGGUCUCUGGCAGCAUUGGGGUGCUGAAGAACAUGUCCCAGCGCAUCGGAGGGGAGCUGGAGGAACAGGCAGUUAUGUUGGAUGAUUUUUCUCAUGAGUUGGAGAGCACUCAGUCUCGGCUGGACAACGUGAUGAAGAAACUUGCAAAAGUAUCUCACAUGACCAGUGAUCGGCGCCAGUGGUGCGCCAUAGCCGUCCUCUUCGUGGUCCUGCUGGUCGUGCUGCUCUUCUUCUUAGUGCUGUGACGGCAGUGCCGCGCCUGCGCACGGACCCCCGGGGAGGUGGGAAGCAACACCCCGGCCGCGCCGCCGGCUCCCACACUCCUCUCUGGAAAACACAGCCUGUGCUGACCUCCCUCCCCGUGACCCCACCACCGAGGCAGCUGCUCUGACCCGGCGCCGGCAGGGCCCCUGGGAGAAGGAAGCAGACGACUGUGCACUCCUGGCGCCGCCUGUCCCCUUCUGAGGAUGAGGACGGCUCACCACUGCUUUGCCUCCCGGGCCUUGUGCCCCCUGGACAGUCUUGAGGAACCCGGCAAGGUUUGCAGACUCAACUAGUGCUUGCUAUUGCUCAUUCCAUCCAUCUUUGGCAGCUCUUUUCUCCUGCCCAGACCACCCUCCCCCUGCACCCUGGCUCAGACCCCGGCCCGGAGAGCACUGUGGGGCAUGUGGGCUCCUGGGGAGGCCUCAUUUCCUGUCGUGGCAGCGGCCUUGCCCCCCCACCCCCACCCCCAGCUGCUUGCUAAUGGGGACAGAAGGCCCAGAAGCAGUUUGUGAUAGAAAAUGCAGUGAUCCAUUUUUCAGGGAUAAGUGCUGGGAUAAAAUUGCUUUUCCAGGCUCAUUAUUUUGUGGUAGAAGUAGCUAAUGGUAAAUAAUGCAAAGCACUAGGCUUUGGGGGUGCUAACAGCUGUUGGCUUGAACUGAAGGGAGGAGAGGGCAGAAGGACCCAGGGUUUGCACAGCUGAGGGAAGGGUGGCCGAGGUUGCGGGAGGUCGGAGCCCUGCCAAAUUCAUGUCGCUGUCCUGGUGCAACUUGUAUUUUUAGGACACCCCUCACCUGUAUGGCUGCCGCGCAGCUCAGCCGAACACUCGGAUGGUCUGGAUCCUGGGCCAGCCUCGUGGCCGGUUGGUUAGGUCAUUCCUGUGGUACUCUGCUUUGGGCUGGGGGUGGGGGUGGGGGGGUGGUUAGUACACUGGCAGUACAGCGACACUCAGAAACCAUAAUGACCAAAAAGGCUAGUUCUGGACUGGACUCCUCUUACCCUGUGAAUAAUGACAAGAAUGGGUAGGUGAACUUGGGUGUUUUUUUUUUUUUUGCCUCCUAAGAGGACAACUCAGUUUUUUAUCCAUUCAAAUCACUGAGCCAAUCCAAAUUUAAAGAACGGAUGCUUUAAUUGAGUUUUAGUAGCUGAAACUGCUGAGAUGCUAAACUUCAAGCUUCCAAUGACUUUUUAAACGCCUCCAACGUCCCCGCAUUGGUAGGAUAUUUUUAUAACCUCCCUGAUGCUGUCACCGAUGUUGAAGCGGCAGCCGACCCGGAGCCUGGUGGCAGGGGCCCCGCACUCUCCCCACCACCUUCUUCUGCACUUGGAAAGCACAGCAACGUCUGGAUAGAGCUCUAGCUUUGACUUCCUGUUUCCUCCUCUGUUGGGGCCUAUUCCUCAGCACACUCAUUCUUUUUUUCUUUUUUCUUUUUUUCUUGUUUUGUCUGUGUUUCUUGGGGUUUUUUGUUGUUGUUUAUUUGCUUUGGGCUUCCACCCCCUCCCUUUUUUCGUGAUUUGCAAUGAUGUACUUGCCCAGCUGACUUUUGAAUUGCACUUUUUAAUAAAUAUUUGUAACAAUUUUUUAAAGAAGGGUAUUUUCUCAUGGUUAGGAUCAUGGUAGGUAAGGAAAUCUGCCUCUUGACGAAAGCUAAAAGCAGAUUUAUACAACUCAAAGGGUGGUUGACAUCCACGUUUACACUCAAUUCUAUUUGAUAUAUAAAUAAGUUAUUUUUUUUUCAAAUUAGCAAAAAAAAGAUUACUACAAAGGGCUUCAGAUGUAGGGUACUAGAUUAUUUUACAAGUUUUGAGACUCAUUCAAAUAGUCUUCUCUAAACUUAGAACAGGGAUGGUCCUUAGAUUUGCAUAACAAUGUACAGGUCUUUGUUAAACUUAAAUGGGGACCUUGUCUCAGUACUGUAAUCCACACUCCACAUGAGAAGAGGCAGCCGGCGUCCUAAUGACCUGUAUGAUUUUGCUGUUUAAAAGCCAUGCUCUUUUCCUGUUACCAGGUUUAGUGUGUCCUGCACAACUGUCAUGUGUGUCAGUGGGGCUUGUUGGGAGCAUGCCUGGUCAUUAAUGAGGAAGAUGCUUCCCUGAUGUCGGGGGGCCAAGUGUUGUGACCCAGAGACUUAAUUAUUAAAUGUCUGGAUAUAUUUAGAAUCGGCAUGAUGACCUCACUUAAUUUCAAGUGUUUGCUAAACAGUGGCUAUUGUAGACCAGACUCCUGCUGAAGCUGAAUAGGGAAUUAUUUAGGAGGAGAAAGUUUACUUUAAAAUCCAAGCACUGCCUGCGUUCUCCCCCCAGGCACCACUGUCCCCCUGCCUCAGAGGAACUGCUCUAUGACAGGCAGCCUCUUCUGUAUUGGUCAGAGCCGGGCUCUGCCCCAAGCAGAGCUUCUGGCACAGCCAGCUUGAUCCUGGGGCUGACCCUGUUGUGUCCGAACUGGGCAUCACUACAGACGAGUGUUCAUUUGAAAGUCUCUGCUCAAACUGCAAACCAUGGCAGUGAGAGGGAACAAGCCAGAGGCUUAGGUUGAUUUUUGAGAACAAAUGGUUUCCUCGUCAGUGAUCCUAACACUGCUGGGCUUUAGCGGGCACCUGAGUGGUCCCCGUGCUCCCCCCUGUAGAGUGGGGAGAGAAGUAGACCCUGUGACACCCUGCACUGCUUGGAGGCACAUCCUGUAUAAAGCUUUUCCCUCCAGCCUCUGCACCUCGACACAUAGUCAUCAUUUCUAAGGAACUGGCAUAAAUGAUGUGCUCCAUAAGUGAUGGAUAAAUGAGAGCUCCACUUACGUUUGUUGGUUUAUUGGAAGAACGGUUUUCUAAUCAGCUGAUUGGGGGGGGGGGGUGGCGGCUGGGGAGCAAACCAUUGAGAGAGUUUGCCAGAGUGGGGAUCCAGCUGGAAAACUGAAAUACCUUUAGUUUUUAGUCCUCAUUUUUCAUCUUGCCUUUGUGUGGACGAAGAACUCCCGGCGCUCUGUGUGUGCCCGCUGCUGGAUGGCAAUUGGAAGUCACAGCGUGUGUGUUACACGAGGAUCUUCACGCCAGAGCCGAAGGGGGAGAAACUUGGUAGCUUGCCCAUUAUUCUCUGCUUUUAGCCAGAGUUAAACAGACUGAUGGGUCUGGUAGCCAACAACUUGGCAACUUCCACUCCUUCUCACCUCGUGAGAUUCAGGGCUGUGAAGAGAAAUCUAGUCUAACUCCAACAGAAAUCUGUCUCUGUUAAGUAUUUUACCUUCUGUAAGUGAAGGUGGCAGAGCCAAGAUCUUUCUCUUGGUAAUUUCCCUGGCUAUAGAGUGAGACCAUUACCUUUCUAGAGAAUUCUGAGCAUUUGAAGAUCUAGGAACUGAAUUAUAUAUAAGAGUUGCUUUUCAGCUCAGUGAACUCGGACUGCUUGGCUUCACCUUGUACUAGUAGCAGGAUGAACUUGGAAGCAAAACCAAAGUGGGACAGCCUGAAAAGUGGAAGUCCUGAAACACAGCACGCACCACGUCCCUCUUUGUCUUCCUCUUGCUGGCAUUUCUUUCCCUCCCAGGUUUUGUAAGAGUAACGUUUUUGUGAAAAGCCUAUUCUUUCUCCAUCAAGAGCAGAGAGAGGUGAAACCAAAGGGCUUGCAGACACCCAGCCCCUCCAUCACGCAGCACCACCCUGCCCGAAGUCCAUUCAUGAAGAUGGCACCCCGCUGAAGGGACCUGGGUGGCCAAGGUUGCGUUUGGGGGGUGACACCUCAGGCUUCUCCCAGGGCCUCUGCUUCUGAGUGGAGGGCAGCUGCAGCAUCAGGCUGGCCUGUCCAGCUGUCCUUUACCCAGACCCCAGCCUUCACAAACUUACUUGCACUUAAAGUGAAGAGGACUUCUUCCUGCCAGGCCCCCGUCGGUGUAUUGUAUGGAAACGUGGACACUGGCCUCUCUGUGUUUCCUUGCUGUGAUACUCACUGGGAAGCUGCUGUCUGGUGUCAAGUCCAGAAAAUCAGGGAAAUUCUGAGUAGAACAGCCAUUCCAACUCAGCUUGGCCCUCUUGUUUUAGAGAUGAGCCCAGCACAGCUCCCCCAGUAGACACGGGAGGCAUUUGCUGUGCCGCACUCUGGACCUGGCCCCAGGGAGCGCGUACGCUGUCUGCAACAAGUGACCUUGGCCACAUAACAAGGUAGGCUGGUUGUGACCUGUCAUGCACACCCCUCACCCCAGCCAUUUGGUGGGUUGUUUUUUGUUUUUUGUUUUGUUCUGCUUUGCUUUUGGACAAGCACUGAAGCUCUAAAAGUUCCAGUGGUGCCUUGGCCAUGUUGCUGCCAUCUAUCUACAUGCGGCAACUCUUCGUUAUGUUAUAGUCUCUUUACUAAUCCAGGUGCGUGGGGAGGUGGGAAAAAAAGAAGACUUGGUUGCUCUGUGACAUGAGCUAAUGCUUUGGUGCUGUUUUCCUUCCCAUGUGACCUUUGUCCAGAAAUGCCCUUUCCCCAAGGCUGUGUAGACGGGAACUGUGCUGAGAUGGUGAUGGGCCCAGUUAUCUGCCCGGCAUUUUGAUGGACCUGGCCUGCCCAACUGCAGCCAGUCCCAUGUGAGAAAGUGUAUUUUAUCCUUUUUUUUUAGGUUAUGAGUUCUUGAACCCAGAAGCCACUUGAUUAUCCCCAGGGGUGUUAGAAAUAUGACCAUCAGCCCAUUGUUCGCUGACCAAAGCUCUCAAGCCUUGUGUAGCCCUGGUAGUAGCCCGGUGCUCCACAGGAGGCAGGCUUUCUGUCAGCCCUGGGGUGAGACCACAUUCACGAUCAUUCUUUCUGUUCUGCAGAAAGUGGGUUUUAGCUGAGACGCUGCUACUGAACAGGAAUUGCAACCCUGUAGGUAAAGUGUGCUCUGGGGGAGGCAGAAGUUCUAGUCCUUAGGAAAAGAAAGUAUCUGUCCAGGGUGGGGAGGGGCCAGCCAGGUGUCCCCCACUAAAAUAGGUUAGUGGAACGUGCUUGCGGGAGAAUGCCCCGGAUGAGGAAAGGGCCAAAGACAGCAAGCUGUAAAUGAUUGUGGAUUCGCUUUUUGUAAGUGGAAAUAUACUUUCACUGGCUCAUUUGUAAUCAGAAAUUAGUGUAAUGAAAAAAUCAAAUGUGUAAUGAUAGGUGGCAGUGCUCAGUGGGACUUAAACCAUUGUGUUUUUCUUCAAAGGAUAAAUAACCUACAGUGUUUUAUUUCUAAAUAUCUAGAAGGUACAAACUAAGGAAGUGAGAUCAAAGAUGAGAAUUGCAAAUGCCUGGGUGAUUUCCAGGUGGUAGCCCAGGUGCCAGUUUUCACCCUUCGCCACAGGUAGAUGCAUUCUUGCUCUUUCUACAGGCUGGGUCUCCAAGUGUGAUGUGGGACCAGCCAAGGUGGUAUUGCCCGGGAGCUUGCUAGAAAUGCAGGUUGUCAGGCCCCACACCUGCUGGAUCACAAACUCUGGGGAGUGCACAAGCCUUCCAAGGGGGUUCUGACGCCCACUCUAGUUUCAGAAUCACUGCUAUUGCGUCGUGGAAUUUAGGCUACAGUAAACCAUCCCUGCAUAUUAAAACCUCUUCCACAGCUUUGAGUGUAAUCCUGACAUUAAACAAACUGAUGACACUAUACACUUGAAAACUUUUUAAAAAUACUUGUGUAAGAAAAAUCUCAACUAGCCGUCUUUCAAAGUGGUAUUUUUACACCCUGAAGUCUAUCAGUAAUGUUUCUUACUUCUGCUCUUGAAAUCAUGUUACAGCUGUACAAAGAACACUGUUCAGUAUUAAAAGAGAAAUGGAGAGACCAUGA